UAUCAAUGUCUGAGAACUCUUCACAGUUCUCUCUCUCUUUCUCAUCUCUUAACCCAUUGGACAAGGAGAGUUGUGUCACUCAUUUUCCCUCAUUCUCUUUCUCUCUUUAUUUCAAAACCCCUCUCUCUCUUACUUUAUCAAUAGUGUUUUAACUUCAGUUUGCUUGCCCUUUUUCUGUGAAAUCAAAAGAGAAUCUGAGUGAUCAUCUCUGAUUUCUUUCUCUUUUUUUUCCCUAUCUUUAAGCAUACUUUGUCAUAGUUCAUACCCCAGUUAACUGCAGUCUUUCAAGAAUUUCUUGCUGACUCUCUCUCUGCUUGCUGGUUUAUGUGUAUUUUUGUUUCUGUGAUUAAUUUCAAACCCCAAAGCUUUCAUCUCUUUGUUUCCAAUUCAAUUUUACCAGAUUUUCUCUCCCCGGAAAAAAAAAUAAUCUUAAGACACCCUCUGUUCUGGGUUUUUUUUUCUUAUCAGUUCUCAUGGAAGCCAUGUAUCUUGCAUUUCAUCAUCAUUUCUUGAGUUAUUAUUGUCACCUAUAUGCUUGCAAGUGAACGUUGUUCAUCGCUUUUCUUAUUAUCCCCCGAUCUUUCAAGAAAAACAUAGAAGAGUGAAGUGAAACCCUACAAAGAGCAUCAAAACAAGAAGCUAAGAUAACAUCAUCGGCACGAAAAGCAGUAGCUUCCAAGAUCUUUUCAUACCCAAGAAAGAAACUGAUAAUGGACUUGGUUUCCCCACAAAACAACCCAAAUGAAUAUCCAAGUCGGAUAGUAAGCUCAAGCACCAUAGCAACUAUGGCUACCAACAACAACAGCAUCAUCAGUAGCAGUAGUAAUAGUAGUGCAACUGCAACGCCUAAUUCUAGCAGUACAACUAUGACCCCACCUCCAUCGACCACUCCAAGCCGGUAUGAGAACCAGAAGCGUAGAGAUUGGAACACUUUUUGCCAAUACCUGCGAAACAAUAGGCCUCCACUCUCACUUUCAAUGUGUAGUGGUGUCCAUGUCCUUGAGUUCCUUAGGUACCUGGAUCAAUUUGGGAAGACCAAAGUUCACAACCAGACUUGCCCUUUCUAUGGUCUCCCUAACCCUCCUGCUCCUUGUCCUUGUCCUCUUAGACAAGCUUGGGGUAGCCUGGAUGCACUCAUUGGCCGACUCAGGGCUGCCUAUGAGGAGCAUGGGGGUAGGCCUGAAGGGAACCCUUUUGGAGCUAGAGCUGUGAGGAUUUACUUGAGGGAAGUAAGGGAUUUCCAGGCCAAAGCUAGAGGUGUUAGCUAUGAGAAGAAAAGGAAGAGGCCUAAGCUGAAGGUACCUGUCCCAUCAUCACCACAACAACAAUCAUCAGCUCCUACACCACCCACACUUGCUGAUGCCACUGCUGCAAUCUGCUUUGGAAAGUGGGUACCCUUCGAAUUGGUCUUUAGGGGACAGUUUGUAAUGGUAAUGACAUGAUGAUCAGUUACUAGGAAGCAGAGGUAACUGGGAAUGAAUAGUACAAAAAGGAAAAUGAUGGCAACAAAAGAAAGAUCCUAUUAACAUGUAGUAAAAUAAUAAUAAAUAAAUUCAAAUUUAAUCUAAUUAGUCCAUGCAGUUUCAUAAAUUUAGGUCUAAAUUUUGUUUCUACAAAAGGUAUAUACUCAAACCAGUCAUCAAACUGUUAUGUACUUUGGAUUAUCUUUCUAGCUAGCUGCUGCUUGCUUUUCUUGGGACAUUCUUAAUCUCAAAUUUCUAUUUUUGGCUUGAUGCUAAAGGAGAUAUUUCCUAUUCUUUU